AUGGGUCAAUCAUUGACCUUCGAGCAGUCAGUGAUGGAGGCCAUGGAUUACCACAAACAUCACCGGUGUAAAGAUCCUCUUUGUGAGACUCAGCUGUGGAAGGUCAAGCAUGAUCUGGACAUAGCCCUUCUGAAAAUCUCUCAGUUACGUCGACAGCUUGCUUACACCGCUUCUGCUAAUUCUGCGAAAGAUUAUGACUACGGUGCAUCGUUUGACUACGACAAAGGAGGUUCUCCUUACCAGAACGGCCAAGCACGAAGACGAAGACAGCAGGCCAAUGAUGAAAGCCAGGACAAAACAGAACCCUUCUUGGUGCAGCCGCUGCUAGCCUUGGAAGGGAAGAGUGAUACAGACGAGGACAACACCCCAGUACAUUCACCAAACCACAAAGUUCUUCCUUUUUCUUCCAGAUCGUCCUUUCCUGUUGCUAAGAAACCUGUUGAGAAUGACAACAUAAUGAAAACUCGGUACUCAUACCCGGAGCAAGCAGGUCCACUUGUCAAUACAAGAAGAUCCUCUGAAGAUCGUCCAGUCAAAAGAAAUUCUAUUGGACAACGGAAUCAUAAAUAUUCAGAUGAUGACGUCAUUGAUCUUGAAUUGCGUCUGCCGCCGCCAUCAUUUGAUGAGGUUAUGUCGAGGUAUACAUCGUACCCCACAGACGAUACUACGACACCGUCUCCAUCCCCACCUCUUCCAUCGCCACCAUCUUCGCCGCCUCCUCCAGCAGCACCGUCGCCACUACAGCAUAGUCCUCAAGACCUAUCUGGUUCUACCACAAGCAACUCUAUACCAUCCUCGGGUAAUAAACGGUAUGAACCCUUUAUACUCGACAGUCCCGAAUCGCCGUCGUUCUCCUCGUUUUCGGAUACCUCAGAGAAUCGCUUGUUAUGCCCAGGAACUCUUUCUAAGCUUUCAGAUGAGGUGCCCUCCAGCGCUUUAUCACAAGAUGUUGACUCUAAUUUCAACUCCAGCCCUGAUAUCUCUAAGUCUCUGGACGAAAGCAGCAACCUCCCAUUUGUUGGUUACUCUGAUGGUCAGUUACCCAGGCAAAACAAACUUCCAGCGUCUUCUGUGGACAAUGCGAAACCUUCAAUUGUCAGUGCAGACCAUAAGACAGACACACAGCUGUCGCUCUUAAACUCUUUAAAAGAAGCAGAUAACGACGUAAACACUAGACAGACUAGAGAUGCUGACAGUAGUAUUUACGUCAAUGUAGAUGAAAUUGGUGGCAAGGAAACGGCUUUUUAA